AUGGGAGCCGACGGCUCUGACACCGGCGAUGUUGCCGGCUCAAGCCCCGCGACCUCGGCCUCAGCCCCGAACCCCUUCAACUUCAAGACCCAGGUCAUAUCGACGGGCCCCGUCAAGUCGAACAUCGGCCAGCGUCGCGGCCACAGAUACAAGCACAGUAGCAUCUCCAGCCAGCAUCAGAUCUUCCAAGAACCACCUCCGAGACCGCCGCCCGUGCUGCCCGCCUCUCUCCCCAUCCCCACCGUUACCGAUGCCUGGAAGAGCAUGACCAAGGACCAGCGCAUUCAUUUUUACUGGAGCAUCUGCCACCUCGCCGUCGCGACAUACGUCUUCUUCCGCUCCGAGGGCUCCCUUGCCACCACGGCGCUGUCGCACCUCAUCUUCUUCGACGCCGGCAGUGCUGCCGUGUGUGUCGUCGUUGAUGUCCUCGGCAACUUUGAGGUGUGGCGCCGCAGCAGCAUCCGCCAUCCGUUUGGCCUUGAGAGGGCCGAGGUCCUGGCUGGCUUUGCCAUGUCCAUCUUCCUCCUCUUUGGCGGCUUCGACCUUGUCUCCCACACUCUCAAGCAUUUCCUCGAGUCGCUUGGCAACCAUGAAGCUCAUCAUGGCCACGCUGACGGACCUGACACCUCCAUUGACCUUGUCUGUGGCGUCGCCAUCAUCAGCACCCUCGUCUCGGCAUAUGGACUCCGCAAUCAUGCUCGUAUCGCCAGGCUGAUGAAGGUCUCGUACCUUGCCUCCCUACCCAGCGUUCUCUCGAACCCCUUCCACUUCCUCACCCUCUCCUUCUCCGCCCUCAUCGCCCUGCUGCCCAUGCUCUCUAUCUCCCUCUAUACUUGGCUCGACCGCCUCAUUUGCGCCAUCAUCGCCUUCGCCAUGUUCAGCCUCGGCAUGCGCCUCGCAGUCGCCCAGGGCCUCAUGCUCCUCAUGUCAUACGGCGGCAGUGAUGGCAACUCCGGCGUCUCCGCCGUUCUGCGCGAAAUCGAGACCGAGCCCAGCAUCGUCUCCAUUGACGACGCCCAGUUCUGGCAGGUCCACUAUGGCCUCUGCAUGGCCAACCUCAAACUCAGCGUUAUCAAGGGUUACGAUGAGAUGUCUCUCAGCAAGUUGCGUGGCCGCGUCACGGCUUUGAUUCAGAACCGUCUAGGCGGGGGCUACGGCCACGGUGGAAACACUCGGUGGGAAGUCACAUUGCAGAUGAGCACGGAUGGGAGUGCCUGA